CCGCGGGCAGCAGUUCCUUCCUCAUCGCGACAGCCGGCGGGCCCAGGAGUCCCGGCCAUGGCUUCGGGGAGGGGCGCGUCCUUGUCCAUGUCCAUGUCCGUGACGGACGGGACGCUGGACACUGACAAGAUCUCUGGGAAGCCCGAGAACACCUACAUCCUGCGGCCCGUGUUCCAGCAAAGGUUCAGACCCUCUGUGGUUAAAGAAUGCAUCCAUGCGGUGCUCAAGGAGGAGCUGGCGACCGCCGAGUACUCUCCGGAGGAAACACCUUCGCUCACAAAGCGCCUGUCAGAAACGAUUAAAGAUAAGUUAAAAACCAUGGGAUUUGAUCGGUAUAAAAUGGUGGUGCAAGUAGUUAUUGGAGAACAAAGAGGUGAAGGAGUAUUCAUGGCUGCCCGCUGUUUCUGGGAUGCUGACACUGACAACUACACUCAAGAUGUUUUUAUGAAUGACAGUUUAUUCUGUGUUGCAGCAGCAUUCGGCUGUUUCUACUAUUGAAAAUUUGAAAGCUGGGAAAAGGUAUGACUAUGAAGAAAUAUGAACUUUUUUAUAUUGUUAAAUAUUUUGACAAAAUAAAAAUAACUUGGCAGUUUGGCAA